AUGUCGCCAGUCCCGUCCAUCAUCGCGGACAAUGGCGAAAUCAGCAACCCUUUGCUCAAACGCGCCCACACUGCCAUCCAUGCCUGGAAGCGAGCCAUCGUCUCGGAUCCCAACAACUUCACUGGCAACUGGGUCGGCAAUGACGUGUGCUCCUACAACGGCAUCGUCUGCGCUCCCUCGCUCGGCGACCCCUCCCAGGACGCGGUGGCAGGCCUCGACUUCAAUGGCGCCGACCUCGCUGGCCACUUCCCCGUCGAGCUCGGCCUCUUGCACGAGAUCUCCCUCAUCCACGUCAACUCGAACCGAUUCCAGGGGCAGAUUCCGGGGAACCUCUCCAACCUGCAGCUCCUCGAGGAGCUCGACCUGAGUAACAACGGCUUCGUCGGGCCGUUCCCCAUGGAGGUGCUCCAGCUGCCCAAGCUCCGCUACCUCGACCUCCGCUUCAACAACUUCGAGGGGCCAUUGCCGCCCGAGCUCUUCGACAAGGAUCUUGACGCCCUGUUCUUGAACGACAACCGGUUCAACACCACCUUGCCGGAAAACCUGGGCAACUCCAAGGUCUCCGUCAUGGUUCUGACCAACAACAACUUCGAAGGCCGCAUCCCCAGGAGCGUCGCACAGAUGAAUGCAACCCUGAACGAGAUCAUCAUCAGCAGCAACCAUUUUAGCGGCUGCUUACCGCUCGAGUUCGCGUCGUUGGGCAACGUCACGGUGUUGGAUCUGAGCUCCAACUCAUUCGCUGGGGUCUUGCCCAAGAGCAUGAUCAAAGGGUUGCAGAACGUGGAGCUGCUCAACAUCGCCGGCAAUAUGCUGACCGGCGUGGUGCCGGAGAGCAUCUGCGACUUGAAGCACCUCAUCAACUUCACGUACUCCUCCAACUACUUCAAGGGAGACGCAUUGAGUUGCCCCACGACGUGGAGUUCGGAUGUGGUGUUCGAUGGCCAAGUUAAUUGCAUUGCAGGACGGCAAGGACAGAGGGCAGCAGAGGACUGCGCUGCCGUGGUGAAUCAUCCGGUGAAUUGCGGUGGUGGGAAUGUGAAGUCGCCACCAUCUCCAGCUCCCAUCUUCUCGCCACCGCCGGCGCCACUCACGACACCGUCCCCGCCACCACCAGCCACUGCGGCGGUGCCAUCACCGUCGAGUCUCCCACCAGUUGGUGGGUUCGAGUAUGCAUCUCCACCUCCCCCCAUCUUCAAAGGCUACUAG